UCUCCUGGAUGAUUUCGCGGGCCGUCGUGCUGGUGUUUGGGAUGCUGUAUCCUGCAUAUUACUCAUACAAAGCUGUGAAGACAAAAAAUGUGAAGGAAUAUGUUCGCUGGAUGAUGUAUUGGAUUGUGUUUGCUCUUUAUACAGUUACUGAAACAAUAACUGACCUAACAGUCUCAUGGUUUCCACUGUACUAUGAACUGAAGAUAGCUUUUGUUAUUUGGCUCCUUUCUCCAUAUACUAGAGGGGCAAGUUUAAUCUACAGAAAAUUUCUACACCCGCUUCUUUCUUCUAAAGAAAGGGAGAUUGAUGAGUACAUCGUACAAGCCAAAGAAAGAGGCUAUGAGACCAUGGUGAAUUUUGGAAGGCAAGGGUUGAAUUUGGCAGCAACUGCUGCAGUGACAGCAGCUGUAAAGAGUCAAGGUGCGAUAACUGAGAAACUGAGAAGUUUCAGUAUGCAUGAUUUGACUACUAUACAAGGAGAUGAGCCAGUAGGACAGAGACCCUAUCAGACAUUACCAGAAGCAAAAAAGAAAACCAGAGCCUCUGCAAGUGAAUCUUCAGGUUACAAAACUCCACUGGAAAAAAAUCCUGGAGAUGAUAAAACAGAUGAAGAGAUGGAGGGGACACAUUCAGAGGAUGAAAUGUUCGCUCAGAGAGGCCUUCGAAGAACUCAGAGCAUGAAAUCUGUGAAAACUAUUAAAGGCCGUAAAGAGAUACGGUAUGGAUCACUGAAAUACAGAGUAAAGAAGAGACCCGCUGUAUACUUCUAAGCGUAUUGCACAAUGCCUGCAAGACAAACUGCUGUACUAUAGUAACUUGAAUUCAGUGUGUCAAGUGUUAAAGAUCUGUGUAUGAUUCAUAUAAUAAGUAUAUAUGAAUAGAUAUGGUAGGACUUGGUUUUAUGAACCUAAAUGGUCGGAUAAAGUAUUACUCUGCUUUUCUGUAAUUGCUUAUUGUUUAGACUUAAAUCUGGACAAGUUAUAGUAUGAAUUUCAGCACUCCUUAAAUGGGAGUUAAAUGAGUAACAGGAAACAGCCUUUUUCCAGAGGUACUGAACAGACCGAAAUAAUUACAACUCCAGUUGAAUUAGCAGAAGUUGUAAGUAUUUGGAACUUGUGAAAAUUGAACCCAUAGUGUCCCCAAGUUUACACAGAAAGAUAGGUAUACUUGAAAUAUUUUUCUGAACUACAAUUCCUGAAAAGGCCUUUGUGUAAUUUAAAAAUGUACGGUUUAAAGGACAGUGGAUGAUGGUGGGGAAGGAAAAGGAAAGACGAGGUAGGUAUCGUACAUCCUUAAGAUCAUCUUCUUGCAUCGUAUUGCCAAGCUUAUAUAAUACUGAUAGGUGCAAACUGAGGGUACAUUUAGCACUUUAUGCAAAACUGUAUAGUUUUGCACACUCUUACUGACUUACAGCUGCACAUGUCAUUUUAGUGACUUCUUAGGUAGGUUAGACUUAUCUUUUGAAUGCCAGCAAUUCUUGUAUUUCAUGAUCUUUUUUUAACUUAUCUUGAUUGCUUAAGUACACUUAGGAUGCUGUAGAUAAUUGCUACUAACACUUAACAAUAUCAGGUGCCUUUCUAUGUAUUA